GAGGCGGGAGAGUGGACGCUAGGGGCGCUGCGGAGUCAGAGUCAGGAUCCGCCUUCUCGGCUGCACCCGUUGCGGAGGAGGUGGAUUUCAGGCUUCCCGUAGAGUGGAAGAAUCUGCUCAAAACCGCCUGCCUUGCAGGGCCUGGGCCGGCGGGAGCGGCGCCACGAGAGGCCGGCUUCCGGCGCGACAUCGCGGGGCUGGCAGCCACAGCCCGAGAGCAGGGCCGAGCUGGGAGCGCGAGCCCGCGACCGCCGUUCCUAGGGCGUCUGCGGGCGCGAGCACGUCGCGACCCUGCGGAAUGAAUACAGGUAUUUCCAAAGAAUGACCACAACCUCUUCAGUAGAAGGUAAACAGAAUUUGGUGAUUAUGGGUAGGAAAACCUGGUUCUCCAUUCCAGAGAAGAAUCGACCUUUAAAGGACAGAAUUAAUAUAGUUCUCAGUAGAGAACUCAAACUCACUGCAAAAGGGCAAAGAAGUAGUCUUUACCUUAAUCCCUUGAAUCAUUCUCAAGACAUUGUUCCACGUUCUUCACAAAAAGAUUGUCUCCUUUCUUUGAAGUCCACACCAACCAUGGAACCUCCACAGGGAGCUCAUUUUCUUGCCAAAAGUCUGGAUGGUGCCUUAAAACUUAUUGAACAACCAGAAUUAACAAAUACAGUGGACAUGGUCUGGAUAGUGGGAGGCAGUUCUGUUUAUAAGGAAGCCAUGAACAAGCCAGGCCAUCUUAGACUAUUUGUGACAAGGAUCAUGCAGGAAUUUGAAAGUGACACAUUUUUUCCAGAAAUUGAUUUGGAAAAAUAUAAACUUAUCCCAGAAUAUCCAGGUGUUCCUUCUGAUGUCCAGGAGGAGAAAGGCAUUAAGUACAAAUUUGAAGUAUAUGAAAAGAACAAUUAAUGUGAAAGUGUUUUCUGAUCUAUUUCAAGCCUCCUCCUCCCCCCCCAAAAAUUAUGUAUUUUUUGUUGUAGAGACUUUUGUUGACUUUAGAUCUAUGGAUAAUUAUUUCUAAGCAAAGCACUUUUAUUCCCCAUUAAUCUUAACUAGACUGUAUCAGAUACCAUUUGUGAAACAUUUCUUGCUGUAACUUCCUGAAUGCCCAUCAAGAGUCAAGAAUAGGUGACCAGCACCUGCCUAGGGUAGAAUAUCUACCAAGACAGCCCAAAGUGGGAGAGUGCCCUGGUAGCAUGAGUUGAAACCAGAGCCUAUAGAGCUAGGAGCUAGGCAGGUGGGUCCAAAGGUCAGAAAUGGAUUAUAAACAGAAGAGCUAGCAUUCAGUUACUUAAAUUAGAUCAAAAGAGGGACUGUGAAUUACUUUAUAUCACACUUCUGAAAAAAAUUCUCUUCACUCAGACCAGGAGCCAAUAAGUUGAAAUCCACAGGGAUAGUAAAGAGGCAGGUACGAGACUACCUUUUCGGUGGUUAAAGGAGAAGGUUUGAGACCUUAAAAAACUUUGUUUCUGAUCUUCAGUGAGACUGCAUGGGAUGUUACAAUGAUACAACAAGAACUGGCUGCUCUUUACAGAAAAGAAUAAUCUAAUAUCAAACAUAAUGGCUAAAAUUAAAAAUUCAAAGAGGUAAUAAAUUGAGAAUGAAUAUUGCUAGAAACCAAAAUUAGUAAGUUAGAAACUAAACUUCACAGAAUUAAAAAAUGAAAAUUAAAACAUGUUUUACCCAUCACGUUAGCAAAGAUUUAGAUUAAAUAUCCAAAAAAAAUAGCAUUUUCUGCCUUAUAAAUUGGUACAACCUUUUUAGAGUGUAAGUUAGCAAUAUCAAUUAAAAUUCAAAAUGUUCUGGGUUUGGACCCAGAACUUCCACUUCUAGAAAUUAAUCCUGAACAAAGAAAUGGACCCAAGAGUAUUUGUUGCAACUUUUUUUUUCAAACUUAGAAACAGCCCAAAUGUUGAUUAAUAAGAAAUAACUAACCAAUAUGUCUAUAAAAUGUAACAUCUGCAGCAGUUAAAAAGAAUGAAGUACUGACAGGAAAAUGCCAAAAAUUGCUAAAUAAAAGAAGCAAAUUGUGUAUAAUACUCAAAAUGUUUAAUAAAUGUUCAUGUGUGGGAAAAAGCAUGCUGCAAACUGUUGACAGUAUCAAACUGGGAGUGUUAUUUUCUGCGUUAGGUAUGUCUGUUGUGAUUAGAUUUUUUGUAGCAUUAUGUACUUAUUUUCAUGAAAAAUUACCUAAAAUGAUAAAUUGAGCCCUUUAUGCUUAGCAGUAAAAUUAGGUUACAGAACAUCAGGAAGAAAAAAUGUCCGAAAAUCUUCCAUAGAGGGAAAAAAACAGAUCACACAGAAGAAUAGGAAUCAAUACUGACUAAGACUUACAAACCACAAGAAGAGAGUGGUGCUCUCUGUAAGGAACAUAACCAGAAAACUAUUAGUAUCCAGAAUUUAUAGAUAUCAGAUUUUGAUAAGAAAAAGAAACAAGCCAUUUAGAGGAGAGGAAACUCAAGGGGCCAAAAAUAUAUAAAAAGUUGUACCUUCCCACUAGUAAUUGGGGAAAUGCAAAUUAAAACUACAGUGAGGGCUUCCCUGGCGGCGCAGUGGUUAAGAACCUGCUUGCCAAUGCAGGGGACAUGGGUUCAAGCCCUGGUCCAGGAAGAUCCCACAUGCUGCAGAGCAACUAAGCCCAUGCGCCACAACUGCUGAGCCCGCAUGCCACAACUACUGAAACCUGCAUGCCUAGAGCCCAUGCUCCGCAACAAGAGAAGCUACCGCAAUGAGAAGCCCAUGCACCGCAACAAAGAGUAGAUCCCGCUAGCCACAACUAGAGAAAGCCCGCGUGCAGCAACGAAGACCCAAUGCAGCCAAAAACAGAUAAAUAAAAUAAAUAAAUUUUUAAAACAUAAGUAAAACUACAUCAAGGUACCGUCCAUACGCAUCAGAUGUGGCAUUCUCCCCAAUACUUAACACUGUCAGACUGUUAAAAUGUUGGCAAUAUUUAUUAAGGAGGAAGAUGCACAUACCCUUUGACCCAGCAGUUCCACUCAAUACCAAGAGAAAACCUCCUACAUAAAUCUUGAGAAGUUUGUAGAAGAACGUUGCAGCCUUGUUUGUAACAGUGAAAAACAAAACAACCUGCAAGUCCAGUGACAAGAAAAUGAGUACAUUACUGUCUUAUAUUGGGUUUCCCCCAGAGCAGAUCCUGAGACUAGAAUUUGAAUGAAGCAGUUUAUUUGAUAGAUGACACCAGAAAGCACCAAUUGGUAUGCAGAAAAGUAAGACCGGGAAGGUAAGAAGGCCAGUUCAAGGUCAGUGAGCAGAUUCCCAUUGGGUAACAAACUCAAUAGUGCUGAGAUAUCUGGGAAAUGGAGGGGAGGAAAUCUGGAGUAUUUAUCCCCAACUCGUUGAUUUGGGGCUGCUCCCAGGUUUGUCAGCUCCCUGACCUGUGUAUGGCUGAACACACUCCAGCUGCUUGAGUCCCAGGUGUUUGCAAGAAGAGGCUGCUGGCAUGCAUAGGAACAGCGAAUGCUAAACACU